UUCUCUGCUGCAGAUGGCUGUUUCUUACCGUCUGACCAGGACAGUGAGGCUCUGGAAUUUCCCAGGAGCCGAGGGAGCAUGGAAUUUGGACUUUCUCAGAGCAACUAAAGUGGAGCACGCAGCUUGCCCAGCCCAGGAGGGCACCAUGGACCAAGAACCGCAGUACAGGACUGGCAGCGAGCCCCUGAAGCCAGGGCACCUUCCUGAUGCCAGGCCCCUUUCAAACCUGUUGAUGGGGGAUGAUGUGUCAGAUUGGUCUCCUUUGUAUGAAGCUGCCAUCCAUGGACGUGUGCUGUCUCUCAGGAAUCUCAUCAGCCAGGGGUGGCCGGUGAACCUCCUCACAGCAGAUCACGUGUCCCCACUCCAUGACGCCUGUCUCGGAGGACAUCCCUCUUGUGUAAACAUUUUAUUAAAGCAUGGAGCUCAGGUGAACGGCGUCACUACCGAGUGGCACACCCCCUUGUUUAAUGCUUGCGUCAGCGGCAGCCAGGACUGUGUGAAUUUGCUUCUGCAGCAUGGAGCCACCCCCAGCCCUGUGAGUGAUCUGGCAUCUCCCAUCCAUGAAGCUGCUAAGAGAGGCCACAUGGAGUGCAUCGAGUCCCUUGUUGACCAUGGAGGCGACAUUGACUGUAACAUCAGCCACCUGGGCACACCACUGUAUUUGGCUUGUGAAAACCACCAGGUGGCCUGUGCCAAGAAGCUUCUGCAGUCAGGAGCAAGUGUGAACAGAGGUCGAGGUCUGGAUUCCCCUCUUCAUGCUGUGGCCAGGGUGGCCAGUGGUGAGCUGGCCCACCUGCUCAUGGACUUUGGAGCAGACGUCCAGGCCAGGAAUGCUGAAGACAAGCGGCCCAUGGAGUUGCUGCCUCCAGGGAGCUCUGUGAUCCAGCUCUUGCAGAGAGAAGGGCCCCCUUCUCUGAUGCACCUCUGCCGCCUUAGAAUUCGGAAGUGCUUUGGGAUCCGACAGCAUCAUAAGAUCGCUGACCUUGUCUUCCCCGAGGAGCUGAAACGGUUUCUGCUCCACAUUUAGAUGUGUCACAAACAACAGGCAAACAUUAUCGAGUGUUGUAGCUGCUGGAAUUUACGAAUAAA